AUGGGUAUUGGGCCAGUUCAUCAUUGCUUGGCCUCUCUUCUUGUCCUGCUUCCUCUCCUCUGCUGCCACGCAGUGAGAGGCGUCGAGCAGAGAGCGCACACCGGCGCCGCGUCGCGCCCCCAGGCCGCCACGGUGAGGCUGGAGCGCGCGCGUGACAUGCCGGAGCUGGACGUGACGACGCCGCUGGCGACGGUCCCGCUGGCGAACCCGACGCCGAUGCCGGAGGCGACCGCCGCGCCGACGCUGGCGCACCCAACGGCCGCGGCUGGCGCGGGGAGCUGGUGCGUGGCGAGCCCGAGCGCGGGCGCGGCGGCGCUGCAGGUGGCGCUGGACUACGCGUGCGGGCAGGGCGCGGACUGCUCGCCAAUCCAGCCCGGCGGGAGCUGCGCCGACCCGGACACCGUCCGCGACCACGCCUCCUACGCCUUCAACUCCUACUACCAGAAGAACCCCGUCCAGACCAGCUGCGACUUCGCCGGCGCCGCCAUCCUCACCAGCACCGAUCCCAGCACCACCUCUUGCAAGUACCCAUCCACUAGCACCGGUGCUUCCGUCCUGAACACGACGUCUCCGGUGACCCCGGUGAACCCGACGUACGGAUCCCCUCCCGGCGGCUCCUACAACUCUCCUCCUGGUCCUGGCGGCUACUACAACUCCCCUCCUAUCUACGGGUCCAUGUCGCCUCCGGACUACGGCGGCAGCAUCAGCGCCGCCACGGCGGUGAUGCCCGGCAGCAAGAGCACGACGGCCGCCACGUCCCUGACGUGCCUCCUCGUCGUCGCAACGGUGUCUCUCAACCUGUGCAAGUAA